GGAUUCUGGCCAGAGACCAACCCAAAAGAAGUCUUUUGUCUUGGUGGUGUCACCGCUCAAUGCCUUGAUCAGGUAACGAAAUUAAAGCAGAGUGGUCUGAAAGCGUGUAUUUUGAAAGGUGAUCACAUAGAAGGAGAAGAAGAAGAAAGAAAAGAAGAACAAGAAGGAUUGGCACUCAGUGCAAUAGAAAACCUGAAGGAGUUUCAGUUAAUUUUUGCUCACCCGGAAGCCCUUGUAGGCAACAAAAAUGUCAUUAAGCUCCUGAAGACUGCAGAGUUUAAAAAUGGUAUGAAAGCCAUCGUUGUGGAUGAAGCACAUCUCGUUGUUGACUGGUGA